AUGCCGCCAGCGACUGAGAAAGCCCGAGAAGCUGCCAAGGAUGGGGGUGAUCACCUGCUCUCAUUGGAGGUGCCUCUCCCCGGACUUGGGCCAGAAGAUGGAAGUCAGGGCUCCCGCCGUGCAAGGAAAGGGUGCAGGCGUGUCCGCGCGCGUGUGUGCGCGUGGGGCCUGAAGUGCUCGUGCGUCCGGGCUAGGUCUCUGCGGGGGCAGAAGCAGGAGCCAUGGGGGGGGACCUCCAGCACCCGCCGGGUCACCUUCGAGGCGGACGAGAAUGAGAACAUCACCGUGGUGAAGGGCAUCCGGCUUUCGGAAAAUGUGAUUGAUCGUAUGAAGGAAACUUCCCCAUCUGGUUCGAGGUCUCAGCGGCAUUCUGUUUCUGAUGAAGAAUUGAAGAGAAGAGUGGCUGAGGAGCUGGCACUGGAGCAAGCGAGGAAAGAAUCUGAAAAUCGGAAACGACUAAAGCAAGGCAAAGAACUGGACCGAGAGAGGGCUUUUGCUAAUGAGCAGUUAACCAGAGCUAUUCUUCGAGAGAGGAUAUCGAGUGAAGAAGAACGAGCCAAGGCAAAGCACCUGGCUAAGCAGCUGGAAGAGAAAGAUAGAGUGAUAAAGAAGCAGGAUGCAUUCUACAAAGAGCAGCUGGCUAGACUGGAGGAGAGGAGCUCAGAAUUCUACAAAGUCACCACUGAACAAUAUCAGAAAGCUGCCGAAGAGGUGGAAUCAAAGUUCAAGAGGCAUGAGUUUCAUCCUGUCUGUGCUGAUCUGCAGGCCAAAAUUCUCCAGUGUUACCGCCAGAACACCCAGCAGACCCUCAGCUGCUCUGCUCUGGCCAGCCAGUACAUGCGCUGUGUCAAUCAGGCCAAACAGAGCAUGCUUGAGAAGGGAGGAUAAAGUCAACUUUUCGAACAAGCAGAACUCCUCAACGUUAAUUCCAGAGGCGGAACAUUUUUUUUUCCUAGUAAGAAAGUAACCCAUUUAAGGAGAAGACGAUUAAAGAGAAGCACCAAAGAGCAGAUCCAGCUGAAGCAUAUCCCAGUUUGAUCAACUGCAGUUUGAAAAGCCAAGGUCUAGAUCAGGUAUCAGCCAGCAAGGACACACUGCAGUGUUAGUCAACCCUGUUCAUGAUGAUUAAAAGAGAAAGGCAGCCCUCGCCACCUUUCCGACUUUCU